AUGCCUUCUCAUAUCACUGUCCUUCCUGCCUCUACCAAGGCUGGCCGCGAGACCAUCCGCACUCUUCUCGAGUCUGAAAGUAAACCUUCUAUUCGAGCUGUCUAUCGAGACCCUUCUAAAGCUCCGGCCGAAUUUGUUCAAAAUUCAAACUUUGAGGCUGUGAAAGGCGACGUUAGAGAUGGCAGCAGCCUAGAUUUCACGGGCUCAGAUGCUGUCUUCUACAUUCCUCCGCCUAUUCUUGACGGAACAGAUCAGGCAAAAUGGGCAACUCGGUCUGCCACGAAUGUGAAGAAGGCUCUGAAGGAUGCGGGCGUCAGGAGACUUCUUAUCCUUUCGGCCAUUGGUUCUCAGAACUCGAGCGGUAUUGGAGUUCUUCGUCUGAACCACAUCUCUGAUGAGAUUCUGAAAGAUUCUGUGCCAGAGGUCGCCAUUAUCAGGCCCACCUACUUCUUCGAAGACUUCACCCCUCUACUCGAUGCUGCAAAGGAAGAAAACCCUAAGCUCUACUCCUGGAUCACACCCAUCGACUAUAAGAUCCCCUUGGUCGGUCUGAAAGACGUCGCCGAGAACUGCGCCAACUCGCUCCUGUCACCCGCCAAGCCUAGUCCCCAUUACUGGAACCUCUUUGGUCCCCGAACAUAUGGCUCUGCUGAUCUCAAAGACGCGGUUGAGGAGAUCACGGGCAAGAAAGUUGAGUUGGUGCUUGUAGAGGAGGAUCAACUGCUUGAUUACUGGAAGCAGAUCGUGCCUGAGGCAUAUGCCGAGGACUUCAAGGAGAUGACGACUUCUGGCUUGCCUGGUGGUGCCAUUGUAAAGGAUUUUGUUUAUGAUGAGAAUACUAUUAAGGGAAAGCAAGAAUUGGUUGAUGGCCUGCGCGCGGUGUAUAAGAACUAA